AUGACCAGCCAACAGCAGCUGCUCGACCGCGCAUAUGGCUUCACACCCAAGGAUGUUCUCAAACGCGCGACGGCCACACGCCUCAUCGACGCGCUGCAGCCCGCCGCCGUGACCUUCAGCCGGCGACUCCCCUCCGCAGACGACCCUCAUGCGCGGAUCCCAGCACACGUCGCCGGCGUGAAUGCCGUGACAAUUGACAGAUUCGAGGGCCGCUAUCUGCUCUCGGGCGGCGCAGACUCGUCGGUCGCAAUGUGGGACCUCGAGGCCGCGACGGUCAGCACCGAGAGCGGGGAAGCGUACCUCCCCCUCAGCGCGGUGAACAGAACGGCGAAAGAGCACAGGCUCGGCGUCACGCAGCUCGCCUUCUACCCCUUCGACUCUCUCGCCUUCCUCACGUCCUCGUACGACCACACGGUCAAGCUGUACUCCAGUGAGACGCUCGCAGUAUCGGCCUCGUUCGACCUGGGCGCCGUGGUCUACAACAUCGCCCUCUCGCCCAUCGCGUCGCACCUCCUGGUUGCCUGCGCCGCCCAGGGCCCGAAUGUGCGCCUCGUCGACCUCCGCUCAGGCGCAACCGCGCACAGCCUCGCCGGCCACUCGGGCGCCGUGCUCUCGACAGCAUGGAGCCCGGUGACGGACCACCUGCUUGCCUCCGGCGCCACAGACGGCACAGUGCGCUUCUGGGACAUCCGGUGCAGUGUGGGCUCGCUCGGCACGCUCCAUCUCGAAGACUCAGUGGGCCACAGCAGCGCACAAGCGCCCUCGUACUCGCAGCGCCAGCCGCACGGGCAGGCACAGGCACACCGCGGCGCCGUCAACGGACUCGUGUGGACCGAAGACGGCCGGCACCUCGUCAGCGCCGGCCACGAUCAGCGGAUCCGCGUCUGGGAUACGCUCACGUACGCCAACACGCUGGCCAACUUUGGCCCCGCAGUGAAGAACAGCGGCCUCGCGCCUGUAAUCCCCGUCCUCCCGCCGCGGCACUACCUACCUGCCCACUCCGACGUGCUGUUCUACCCAAACGCGCACGAGAUCCUCUUCUACGAGCUCUUCGACGGCAAACUGCUGCGGCGCAUGCGGCAGCCCGAGACCCAAAAGCGGGCUGCUGACGUCGCCACCAACGCCUCCACCAAGUCCACGACCACCACUUCCUCCCGCAUCACCAGUCUCGCGUGGCGCGCGCACGACGUGGAGCUGUACUCUGCACACGCCGACGGCCGCAUCUGCGCGUGGAGGCCGCGGACAGCGCAAGACGUCGAGGUGGAGGAGGAGGAGCGCGAAGACGAAAUCAGCAAAGAUGCGGGGCGGAAGAGGAAGAGGGCUGUCCUGGACGAUAUAUACGCGGGGUUGACGAAGCGCAACGUCACGUUUGGGAAUAUGGGGUUGUAG